GGCGCAAAGCGCGACAACCAGUCGUAUAGAAAAAUUAUCUUGGUUCAAUGUGUCUUUAAUUUCAUUCCUUUUUUAUGUUGUAGUAAAUUUCUGAAAUGGACUGGUUCAAUAACAUAGGAUGCGAAGAACUAGAAAAUGAAGCAGUUGCCUAUUUUGAACAAUAUAUAGGGUCAAUACCAGAGGUUUUGGCAUCAAGCAAUAAUGAACUGAAUGUGUCUGAUAACAGCGAUUCCGAUAUUGAAAAUGACGAAUCUGAUAUUGAAAAUACAUGUGACACAAUUCAAGCUAGGGCCCGGGAAUUUUAUUCCACUUCCGUCAUUCAAGAUCAAUCGGAAAAUACAUGUUCUCUUAUUCAAAAUGAUGAAUUGGAGGAUCCUUCCCGACUUCGAAUAAAUGCUCUAUUUGCUAACGACUGUAAUUGUACAAAAAAAUGUUUUACAAAGCUUUCCACAUUCAGAGAACAGGCCUAUGAUGUAUCGUUAUCUGUUUGUGAAUUUACAAAAGCAGAGCGUGACAUAUACUUGCUUUCAAAAUUAGAAAACUUAGAAAUAACAGACUCGGUUUUUAGAGGAGGAAAGAGAGAACGAAAACGAUACCGAUAUUCUUUUCAAGGAGUUGAGAUAUGCGAGUUCACAUGGAGAAAUAUUUAUAACAUUGGGAGGAGCGAAUUUAAAAGUUUAAAACAGCACUUAAAUGCAAAUGGCGUAACCCCUCGAUCACAUGGUCUUAGUGGAAGAAAAUCGAAUCACGGACAUUCAUUUGAAGUGAUUGAAAAUGCGAUAAAAUUUAUCAAGCGGUAUGCUGAUGAAUUUGGUCUCCCUCUCCCGGCUGCGCCUCGGGCAACCGACAAUACCCCUCCUAUUCUACUACCUUGUAGCGAGAGCAAGAAAUAUGUACACUCCAAAUAUGUUAGUUCAUGCGUUAACUCAGAACAACAAUAUGUUCAACUAACCGUAUUUAAAGAAGUUUGGAAUGCAUGUGUCCCUCAUAUUCAAUUUAUGAAACUAAAGACGGAUCUGUGUAAAACGUGUUUUCAGUUGAGGGAGGAUAUUUCCGGAUCUAUUUCAGAAGACGCGAAAUUAGUGACAACUCAAAAAUUGAUUGACCAUAUACAGUCUGCGCGGACGGAGCGUGAAUAUUAUAAAUUAUGUACACAAAGAUCACGUGAUGAAUUAAAGUUAGCUGAGUCUCCAAUAGGAAAGUAUAACACUCCAUGUUCAAAAAAUUUUGAAAAUGUUCAUUACACUUUUGAUUUUUCACAAUAUGUAAAUUUGCCACAUUCGUCUCAACAAGUUGGAGCUCUUUACUUUUUAACACCUCGAAAGGUUCAAAUAUUUGGAGUUUGCGAUGAAAACUUUCCAAUGCAAACUAAUUAUUUGAUUGAUGAGCAACAAACAAUCGGAGAAAAUGGAAGUCGGACACAUGGACCCAAUGCUGUUUUAAGUAUGCUCCACCAUUAUCUGCAUGGUAAUACUUACGGUGAAAAAGCGUGUCAUUUUCAUGCUGAUAAUUCCGUGGGACAAAACAAAAAUAAAACUACUUUACAUUAUCUGUUGUGGAGGUGCGCAAAGGGUUUACACAAAACUAUUAAUUUGCAUUUUAUGAUUGCUGGGCACACAAAAUGUUUAUGUGACGCAUGUUUUGGCAUGUUGAAAAAAAAAUUUAGAAAGUCGGACGUAAACACUGUUUCGCAACUGGUUAAAAUUGUUGACAAUUCUGCCAAAUGCAAUAGGUCAGAAGUUUUCAAUGAAAAUGACGAUGACGAAAACAGCUUAAAGUGGUACAGAUGGGAUAGUUUCUUCACUAAAUAUUUUAAACCACUCAGAGGUAUAGGAAAAUUCCAUCACUUCAGAUUUACCAGUGACGAAGUAGGAGUCGUAUUUGCGAGAGAAACUCUUGAUGAACCGGAGAAAAGACUGGUCCUCCUAAAGGAAAGCGCAAACCUACCGGAGUUGCUCACGACACUUCCAGAAGUUAUUCAGCCAGCAGGGCUGACAGAGGAGAGAAGGCGUUAUCUGUACAAUGAAGUCCGUCCUUUUGUUCAGUUUAAUUUCCGUGACGAAUUUUGUCCUCGUGCUUCAGAGGAGUAACACUUUACAUA